AAUUUUGUUCAAUAUGCACCAUUGAACAGAUUUUGAUUAAACUAAAAGUAAAACAAAUAUUAAAUGUUCACACACUUGGUGCAGCGUAAGCAAAUCACACAGUAGUAAUCUAACUUUUUUUCAUUUUUGCACACUCUUUAAUCAUCAAAUCUGAUUAGCCACACAUAAUUGUGACAAAGUAAAGCAAAGCAAACUUUCAUACAAGUACUUUCAUCCUUAAAAUUCAUUACUAUAAGCAACCUUGAUUUUUGUUUGGUAUGUGGGGUUGCUGUUCAAUCUAGUUCUUGGAUUGUAACAAACAAAGCCACUAAAGACUCUUGUAAAACUUCAUACUUUUUUUUAUAUAAGAGGUGGACCAAAUGUGCCGCAGGAACACCGAGGUAUUCAUUAAUAUCCAUGGACAUUUACAAUACGAGAGGAACUGCAGUUACACAGCCAGCCUCAUAUUUCUCACUUAGAUCUCUUUUACAAAGAACAAGGAAAGAUGUACAUAUGACAAUAUGAUAUGCAGUUUAUUGUACUUUGUAUUUGUGCUACUAUAUAUAAUAUAUUAUACAACUGAUGUUAUUCCAAACAAAUGUCCAGCAUUAAGUAAUGAUGCUAUACAUUCUUGUCUGUAACAUUAUCAUCUGUGUGACAGACUGAUCCUAAUAUAUUUGUUUUUAUAGUUUUAGUAAAGUCUACUAGUAUUGUGUGAGUAACCACUUCCUUUCUUUGGUUGUAUGGCUCAAGCAUCGACUUGUUGCAUUUGGCUGUACCACAACACACACACAACAUUUACACAUACACUAGUUAUGUUAAUUUAAAUAUUUUAUUUUCAUGAAAUCGUACAAUAUUUACUAUUGUAUACUUUAUAGGAACGUAAAGUAGUUAAUGAUGCGCGUGCGUCGCAGUAUCGUCACGAUGUUGCGGCGUCACGCGCUCUCGCUCAUAACAAUGUCCUACAACAUUUUCAUUACACUCUGCCCUCAACGGACAUUGCGAACGCUUAAAGGAAAAAUAUAAUUUAUUUACAAUAUAUUUGUUGAAGCAAUUGUUACCUGUUUACAUUGUUGCAUGACUAUUAGUUAUUAAUUAACGAGCAAAUAAACUUAGCUGUUCAUAUAAUUUUAUGUUAUUUUCCUUGAGUAUCAAGUGGUGUUCGUUUGUUCCGCGCGCUCAGCAAUUCGUCUAUAUUGUAUCGCAUACAGUCUCCGCAAGAAGUGGUCGCUGGUCGCUGGUCGCUGGUCGCUGGCAGCAGCGUUGUUCAUUUAUACACAUUAUAUUACUGCAGAAUGGGCGGAGACUACGCGGGGCUGCCGGCCAUGGACUGGUCGCAGUAUGACACCUUCCCCGGCUCCUUCGAGAAGUGCUCGCUGGUGACGGCGGCGCUCACGCAUCUCGGCCUCUACAUCCUCAUGCUGCUCGGCUUCGUCAACCAGCUGCUCUUCCGGCCCAAGGUGGCCACGGAGCGCAACCGCGAGGGGUACGCGCCGCUGUACAACCCCUUCGAGCAGUUCUUCUCGCGCUACGUGUACCGGCGCGUGCGACACUGCUUCAACCGUCCCAUCUGCUCCGCGCCCGGCGCCGAGCUCACUCUCAAGGAGCGCCGCACCGACGACUACAACUGGUCCUUCCGGUUCACGGGGGAGGAGCGGCGCUGCAUUAACCUCGGCUCCUACAACUACUUGGGGUUCGCGGAGCCGACGGGACCGUGCGCGGACGCGGCGGCCGAGGCGACGCGCCGCUACGGGCUGGCGCUGGCCUCGUCCCGCGCCGAGCUCGGCUCCUGCCCGCUGCACGAGGAGCUCGAGGAGGCCACCGCGCGCUUCCUCGGCGUAGAGGCGGCGCUGGUGUGCGGCAUGGGGUUCGCGACGAACGCACUGGGGCUGCCGGGCCUGCUAGGGCCGGGCGCGCUGGUGCUCAGCGACGAGAACAACCACGCCUCGCUGAUCCUCGGGCUGCGGCUGGCGCGCGUCACCGUGCGCGUCUUCCGCCACAACGACCUGCGCCACCUGGAGCGCCUUGCGCGCGACGCCAUCGCCGAGCGCCGCUGGACCAAUAUCGUUGUUGUGGUGGAGGGCGUGUACAGCAUGGAGGGGUCCAUCGUGCCGCUGCAGGGCAUCAUCGCACUCAAGAAGCGGCUGGGGCUGCAGGUGUACCUAGACGAGGCGCACUCGGUGGGCGCGCUGGGGGCGCACGCGCGCGGCGUCACCGACCACUGCGGCGUGCGCCCCGCCGACGUCGACGUGCUCAUGGGCACCUUCACCAAGAGCUUCGGCGCCGCCGGCGGCUACAUCGCCGGUUCGGCAAAGCUAAUAAAGUGGCUGCGCGCGCACGGGCACAUGCACGCGUACGCGCACGCCAUGUCUCCGGCUGUGUGCAUGCAGAUCCUGGCGGCCAUGCGCGCGCUGCGCACCCCGUCCGGCCUGCGUCGCGUGCGCACGCUGCGCGACAACACGCACUACUUCCGCACCAGGCUGCGCGCGCUGGGCGUGGUGGCGUACGGGCACGAGGACUCGCCCGUGGUGCCGAUGCUGGUGUACACGUUCAGCAACAUGGCGGCGGUGGUGGAGCGGCUCACCGCGCGCGGCAUCGCCACCGUCGGCGUCGGCUUCCCCGCCACGCCGCUCUACAAGGCGCGCAUCAGGUUCUGCCUGUCUGCGGCGCACUCGCGCGACCAGCUGGAGAGCUGCCUCGACGCCAUCGAGGAGGUCGUCGACGAGCUCGGACUGCGCUACUCCCGUCUCCCUCUCCGAUAGACACGCCCCGCCCCGCACUCCCGUCUCCCUCUCCGACAGACACGCCCCGCCCCGCACUCCCGUCUCCCUCUCCGACAGACACGCCCCGCCCCGCACUCCCGUCUCCCUCUCCGACAGACACGCCCACAAUGUUUUAUUAAUUUAUUUACUUCUUAUAAUAUCAUAAGUUUUCUACUUCAAUGUUUAUAUCUCCUAGUUAUAAUAAGUAGUCGCUAGACGUCCUUGCUAUUUGUUACGUUUCGUUUUAUUGUAAGAAGGAAGCUCUCCACCACCACCUCCUCGCACCCGCACCUCAGCUCACCUCAGCUGCAGAACUUUUUUCAAUAAAUUAUUUUCCUACAACUUGUCGAUGUUUGUUUUG